AUGGCCUCUCCCCAAGAGUCGAUCACGACUGUGAACGGAAGACGAUGUACUCGCUCUCGGGCUCGUACAGCGGCUACGUCGGCCCCAAUCUCGACCCCAGCAGCGCCCCCAACAGCGGUUGCUCCCACGGAAACGACCACCUCUACAGUGGCGGAGCAGAAACCACAAACAAAGCCCACUGCUGCUAGUUCACCAGCUCCUCAAGUACCGCCGCCGCCGCCGCCGCCGCCGCCGCCACCACUUGCGCCGCCUGUAUCGUCUUCACAAGCGGAACAAUCAGCUGUAGUUGUGCCUUUGCCUACAUCACAAGCAGCAGUGUCUUCGCCACUAGCUGUAAUCGAGCCAUUGCCAUCAUCGUCGCUCACCACGUCUCCUGUUGCGCAACCAAUUGUGACAGAAACGGCUGGAGUUGUGGUCUCGACCUCUGUGGCAGCGGUUCCCGAUGUCAUACAGACCGACUCGUCUUCGCAAACACCGUUGCCAGUCACUUCGAUCGCGGAGCUCCUCCCGCAAACCAGCUCUGCUGCGAUAAGCAACCCAACCCACGGACCGGUAGGCGUAAUUGCACCCGAGCAAGGCACGCACACUGGUGGAGAUGGACAUACAGGCGAGGACCACUCAUCCUACAGUGACAGCAAUCCUAAUAUUGGAGGUAUCAUUGGUGGUGUUGUUGGUGGAUUCGUUGCUCUGGCUCUGCUGAGCGCUCUUCUCUUCUUCUGUUUGAGGCGGCGCAAAUCGAAGGAAGCCGGGUGGAACGAAAAAAGCGAGGUCUUAUCCGGGUUUUUGUCGAAGGCAAAGGCCGUACCGGCAGGAUUUGGAGUGUUCUUCGCAAGAUUCAGGAACGAGAAGACUGGGCCGUUGGAUAACCCGUACCAACGACACCAACCACGUUCCAGUGUUGGUUCAGUAUACUCAACGACGUCCAACGGGCGAGGAAGGUCCAUCAGCGAACUGCAGCGACAGCCUGCUAGUGGCGGUGGCUUUGUUCGUCGUAUGUCGAGCAGGAAGAGUGAACGGAACGUGCUACGCAAGAAGACAAGCAGUGUCUCCUCUCAAUCUCCUUUCAUGGACGUCUCAGAGGAGUUAGUCCGCAACAACAAUGUUGGAAGCAACCCAUUCGCAGAUCCUGGACCGGACACGCCCAGGAAUCUCCGUAUCUCGAAUCCUGAUACACUCGAAGAGCAAACCCGCGGGCCUAGUCCGCCGCAACCUGCAGUAACCCCUCGUGCAGCUCGAGACCCCUUUGCCUCCCUUAUCGACGAGAUUGACGGCGCCCCCAACUGGUUGCGAGACUCCAACAUGUCAGCAUCGAACCAUCGACGCAUCCAAAGUUCGGCUUCGGCACUGCGUGCACACCCUCCUUCGUCGGUAUACAGCAGUGAUCCAUUCGCCGACCUUUCAUCGAUUCCACCGAUGCCCACCCAACAACCCCAACCGCCCCUCAGUACCUACUCAGCUUUUCCCGCCGUUCGCGACUCAAACUACACAAUCUUCGGUGAGCCAGGCCCCAGCCGGCCCAGCACCACCAUGUUCACCCCCGGGCUACCCUCCAAUCCCAGUGCUAGUCGCGAUACCAACAUAUUCAACACCCCAGCAACAACCCCAGGGUUCCCCAGCAGCGGCCCACCCACCAGCACGAGUCGAUUGGACAGGCAAUCCGAUCCCUUCGACCUGGACCGCCCCGAAGUGCUGAGCUUCAAGGGCAUGAUGAACCAGAUGCGAGACAGCAUUGCGCGGCAGACGACGAUCCGGAGUCGCCGAACGAGCAGCGUCAGCAACUGGUUUGGGCGAGAUGCCUCGCCAUCAGGAGCGCUGAACGGCGCGAGUGUACGCAGGUGA